UUCUUACAAAACCGAUGCGAAAAGUUAGUAAAUCGCACCGGUUCAAUUCGAACCGGUGCGAAAACUCUUGUUAAAUAAAAAAAACCCGGUUAUAACUUAAUCUUCUUUCUUUCUCUUGAAACCCCUCGAUCUUUCCUCCUCUCUCAUUCUCUCUCUUCUCUCUCUCCUCCAUUGAAGCGUACUCAUCUGCCUCUCUCUCCUUUCCUUUCUUCUCUCUUUCGAUCGCCUAUGCUUGGCGAUGGUGGAAAACUCUUGUUAAAAGGGUUUUGUUUGGCGAUGGUGGCUAUGGUGGCCUUAUUGCGACCUAAAAUCGUUGGCUUCAUCUUCUUUUGUCGAAAACUCUUUAUGAAACCUCACUCAAAAUCUGAGGUGGACGGUAAAAGCAAGGGAACUAAAGGAGAAAAGGUAAAAAAAUCAACUGUGCCACAAGAAAAAGUAAGCACUGAUGCAAAUGAAGAGAAAAAUAAGAAGAAAUGGAAGCGAAAGCAGGCAAAUGACCUCCGAUUUGAAGCAGGGAUGGAAAAGUUGGAUGGUGUUUCAACAAGAAAGCAGAGGAAGAAAGAGUAAGUGUGUGUGUGUGUUUUAAUUUUUUUUUUUAUUUUUUAUGUUGGUUCUUGUUUGUUUAUUUGUUUUUGUACUCAAACAGAGUUGGAUUGUUGUAUUUGUCAUUGAGAGUGGUCGAGUAAGAGAAAACAAUCUAGUGUUGGACAUAAUAGGAUUAAGUUUAAUCAAUUAAUCCUCCCUCAAGAACAAUGAUUUGAUUUUGAAAUUGGGUCUGAAGAACUAUUCAGUGCUAUGUUGAACGGAUGACAUUGCACUCUUGGAUUCGAGUAUGUUGAUAGUGAGGCUGAUAAGCUUUAGAAAUACAAACACAAUUGUGAUGACUUAAAGCUCAGAACUAUAGAAGAAAAUUGGAUUUUCAGGUUUAAAAGAGUUCUUUGAUUAUUUGAUGAUAUCUGUGUCAAUUAUUAUAUUGCUGAAUAUUUCUAAGUAAUUAACAUUUGUAAUUUCAUUGGCUGGGUCCUUGAAGUUGAAAAGAGUUGGACAAGCUGCUAAUGAA